AACAAGAAGGGAAGAGGGGGAAGGCUUCCCUUUGCCAGGCUCGCCCGGGUCUGCAGGCGCUGCUGGAGGCAGCGGCUUCUCCAGCUCCCGGCCGCUGUGGUCGCUGCUGCUGUGACUCUCCAGCUAGAGAUGCUUCUCAGUGCCGCGCCGCGCUGAGGCCAAGCGAGCACCCGGGGCUGUGCUCCACUCCGCACAUCCUUGAUCUCAUCCUGGGAGCUGACAGCCUACUGGAAACCCCUCUGAGUCGCGCUGCCCAGUGGCCACCGGAGCGCUUGCCCGCAGUGGCAACAGCAGCAUCGCUGGACACAUAGCUCUCUCCGGUUCUCUCCUGCAGGCUCAGUGCUCUCCAGAUUUCCCCCACGCGUCCUUUGGUGAUUUUUUUUUUUUUCCAGAAGAGAGGGCGGGGUAGGUGUCAGUCCCCUCCUCUCUCUCACCCCUCCUAUUCCUCCUCGGUUUGAAUUUCUUCCCCUGGCAUUUCACUGGCUCGCAGAGCAAGAGACCAGACCCACACAGAAGGGAAAACAAGGCUGCGCCUCCCCUGCUACCGCCAGCCCAGAAUUGGAACCUGGAGGGGGUGAGGGGAGAGGAAACGAAGCAGGAGGAGCUUGGUUUCCUCUCGCAUCUGAGGACAGACCAGCUCCUUUCAAGAACCCCACGGUGAGGCGAACUGCAUCUCAGCAGCCAGCUUUUGGAGUACCGCUGGCCCGGAGGCAAAGGAUGGUGGUGUCUAGGAGAGCAGGCUGCAGGGCAGCGCUCUCGCUCUGGAUUCUCAGCAGCUUCCUCUGCAAAGCCUGGAUGGCUCCCUCCACGUUCCAAAAAUGUGAUGAGCCGCUCAUCUCUGGGCUUCACCACAUGUCCUUCAGCAGCUCCUCCUCACUGUCUAGCAGCUAUUCACCUGGCUAUGCCAAGAUCAACAAGCGAGGAGGUGCUGGGGGAUGGUCUCCAUCAGACAGUGACCACUAUCAAUGGCUUCAGGUUGAUUUCGGCAACCGGAAGCAGAUCAGUGCCAUUGCAACCCAAGGAAGGUAUAGCAGUUCCGACUGGGUGACACAGUAUCGGAUGCUCUACAGUGACACGGGAAGAAACUGGAAACCUUAUCAUCAGGAUGGGAAUAUCUGGGCUUUUCCUGGAAAUGUCAAUUCUGAUAGUGUGGUCCGGCAUGACCUGCAGCAUGCCAUUGUUGCCCGUUAUGUCCGCAUCGUACCCCUCGACUGGAAUGGAGAAGGCCACAUAGGACUGCGUGCAGAAGUCUACGGCUGCUCUUACUGGGCUGACGUCAUCAACUUUGAUGGUCAUGUUGUGUUGCCCUACCGAUUCAGAAACAAGAAGAUGAAAACACUCAAAGAUGUCAUUGCUUUGAAAUUCAAGACCUCGGAAAGUGAAGGAGUAAUCUUGCAUGGUGAAGGCCAGCAAGGGGAUUACAUUACAUUGGAAUUGAAAAAAGCCAAGCUGGUCCUCAGUUUAAAUCUAGGAAGCAACCAGCUUGGCCCCAUCUAUGGCCACACAUCCGUGACAUCAGGGAGCCUGCUGGAUGAUCACCACUGGCACUCUGUGCUCAUUGAGCGCCAGGGACGCAGCAUUAACCUGACCUUGGACAGGAGCAUGCAGCAUUUCCGCACCAAUGGAGAGUUUGACUACCUGGACUUGGACUAUGAGAUAACAUUUGGAGGCGUACCUUUCUCUGGCAAGCCAAGUUCCAGUAAUAGGAAGAACUUUAAGGGUUGCAUGGAAAGCAUCAACUACAAUGGUGUCAACAUCACUGAUCUUGCCCGGAGGAAAAAAUUAGAGCCAUCAAAUGUGGGGAAUCUGAGUUUCUCUUGUGUGGAGCCCUACACAGUACCAGUCUUCUUCAAUGCUACAAGCUACCUGGAGGUGCCUGGCAGACUUAAUCAGGACCUGUUCUCAGUCAGUUUCCAGUUCAGGACUUGGAACCCUAGUGGUCUCCUGCUCUUCAGUCACUUUGCAGAUAACUUAGGUAAUGUGGAGAUUGACCUUGUGGAGAGCAAAGUGGGCGUCCACAUCAAUACCACACAGACCAAGACAAGUCAAAUCGACAUCUCCUCAGGCUCUGGGCUGAAUGAUGGGCAGUGGCAUGAGGUUCGCUUUCUGGCCAAGGAAAACUUUGCAGUUCUUACCAUUGAUGGCGACGAAGCAUCAGCAGUUCGAACCAACAGUCCUCUUCAAGUGAAGACUGGCGAGAAGUACUUCUUUGGAGGAUUUUUGAACCACGUGAACAAUGCCAGCCACUCUGCCCUGCAGCCAUCAUUCCAAGGAUGCAUGCAGCUCAUUCAGGUAGAUGACCAGCUUGUAAAUUUAUACGAAGUGGCACAGAGGAAGCCCGGAAGCUUUGCAAAUGUCACCAUUGACAUGUGUGCCAUCAUAGACAGAUGUGUGCCCAAUCACUGUGAGCAUGGUGGGAAGUGCUCGCAAACAUGGGACAGCUUCAAAUGCACUUGUGAUGAGACAGGAUACAGCGGGGCCACCUGCCACAACUCCAUCUACGAGCCCUCCUGCGAAGCAUAUAAACACCUCGGCCAGACCUCAAAUUACUACUGGAUAGAUCCUGACGGCAGUGGACCUCUGGGGCCUCUGAAGGUUUAUUGCAACAUGACAGAGGACAAGGUGUGGACCAUAGUGUCUCACGACUUACAGAUGCAGACAACAGUGGUAGGCUACAACCCAGAAAAGUAUUCGGUGACACAGCUCAUCUACAGUGCCUCCAUGGACCAGAUCAGUGCCAUCACCAGCAGCGCCGAAUACUGUGAGCAGUACGUCUCCUACUUCUGCAAGAUGUCCAGGUUGUUGAACACUCCAGGUAGGCUGCGAUGGAACAUCGUUUUUAAUUACUCUCUCAGCUGGUGUUUGCAAUUGCCUGAACAAUCCAACAGGUGUGGCUUAUCGUCUUCUUGUCCACACGACAGUCAAAGCUGGAGCCGAACAAAGAGCUCAGGACACAGGCACUGCGGGGACCGGCCUGCUCUCCAACAGAACACAGUGAAUGGGCCUGGAUUCUUAUUUUCUCUUUCUUUUCUUUCUAGAAACGGGAAAAUCGACCAAGAAAUUCACAAAUACAACACCCCAGGCUUCACAGGCUGCCUGUCCAGAGUCCAGUUCAACCACAUCGCCCCUCUCAAGGCCGCCUUGAGACAGACAAACACCUCGGCCCACGUGCACAUCCAGGGCGAGCUGGUGGAGUCCAACUGUGGGGCCUCCCCACUGACGCUUUCCCCCAUGUCUUCGGCCACUGACCCUUGGCACCUAGAUCACUUGGAUUCAGCCAGUGCAGAUUUCCCAUAUAACCCAGGACAAGGACAAGCCAUAAGAAAUGGAGUCAACAGAAACUCAGCCAUCAUUGGAGGGGUCAUCGCUGUGGUGAUUUUCACCAUCCUCUGCACCCUGGUAUUCCUCAUCCGGUACAUGUUCCGUCACAAGGGCACCUACCACACCAACGAGGCCAAGGGAGCCGAGUCAGCAGAGAGCGCAGAUGCUGCCAUCAUGAACAACGACCCCAACUUCACAGAGACCAUUGACGAGAGCAAGAAGGAAUGGCUCAUUUGAGGGGCGGCUCUUUAGCCACGGGAUAGGGAGGGGGGAGUCAAGGGAGGAGGGGGAGGGACAAGAGCACCCUGUGUCAUACCCCUGAGCACACGCUUACAGUAUCAGCACAAGCUGGGGAAGGCAAACAGCCCAAUAUUCUUAAGACUGAUGGCCACACAAAAAUAUACUUUUUAAUAUUUCUUUAUAGCUGACUUCCCCCUUCUGUAUCAAGACAAAAUAAUACGAAAAUGCUUUUAGAGUUUAAGCAACAGUUGGAAUUUGUAGGUAAUAUCUGUCUUAUUUUGUGUGUGUUUAGAGGUAUUCUAAAAACCCGUGGUAACAGGGCAAGUUUUUUACAUUUUUAAGAGCCCUUAGAAUGUGGAUAUUUUUUUCUCAAGAAAAACUGAUACACAUCCAUACAGCUUAUGACAUUCUCUUCCUUUCGCAUCUAGUCGACUUUUAAUGAGCUGUUGUAGCAACUAGUCUGUGUCCAAAUAAUAUUUCUUUUGGUGUCCCAUAAAACGGAAAUGAAAAAAAAAAAUGGGCAAAGAGCCUGUUUGCCAGUCUUCAAAGACACCUCAAUCUAGACCAGUUUUCGGCUGGUUCUGUCUGUCACCAGCCGGUGGAGGAAGAGUGAGUGGUUCCCGUCCUGCAGCAGUGUGACACAAGAGGAGACGAGCACCUGAGAAUCUGGCAAAGCAAGGCAUACUGGGUUUAUUGCUCCUGUUUUCCAUUGGCUUCCACAUGACGGUGUUCCAUGGAUGUAGUCUUAGACCUAUUUAAUAUCUGUAACUAUCAGCUAUAAAACCAUGGUGAGCAACUGUUAUAGGACUUCUCUGUUUUACCUUCAACAGAUCGGAUUGUAUGUAUAUACGCGCCUCAGUGGGGAAUUAGAGCCAGAGGGAAUGUCUUCUUUGCUGUUUCUUUUAUAUUUAUAACAAAAAUAUGGACACUUUCUAGUGAAUGCAUAAAUUAGUGUGCUUUUUUUUUUAUUUUGCUCUAAACUUCAAGUUUUUACACCGCUGUGAUAAAAUCCUAGCAGAUAGUACCCUCUGGAUUGCACAAUACAAUAAAGCCAAGUUACAACAGCUGUUACUUUGGAAUCAUGCGGGAAACACUGCCAUGUUUUAAACCAACUCAAUUGCAGAAACACUAUCAUGAUAUAGAGAUCUGGGACAGCCACAUCAGAGUCUGAAGUUACCACCAACUUGAUCAUCAAUUACCACUUUUCUUCGAGAAUACAAUUGUCUAGUAAAUUAUACAUCUUAGGGUUAUCAGGAAUCUUGGGCAAUUUGCUCCAAAAAUAACUGCUUGAUUUUAUGUAAAACAAAAAAAAAUAGACUUUGUGUAAGUAAUUGGGAGCAAUUCUUCCUAUUAGAGCAUCCAAAAAGAAUUUAACUAAUUUAUUUUUUUAAUUACACAAAAGUUGUUUCUUGAAUGGUUACCAUUUAUAAUUGUAAUAUGUCGGGCCUCUUAUACUUAAAAACCUCUUUUUAAAAAUUUUGUAGGCUCCAACAUUUUGAGGAAUUAAACAUGAUAAUUCCUUUUUCUGCUCUUAGAAGGACAGUGAGCUUAAAGUGGUAUAGAUGCUGCUCUUCUGAUGGUCUGUCUCAGUGAGCUGCACGUUCUAGUUAGUUAGGAUUUUAUGCACACACUUUCAACGUUCUCCAAAUACUUAAAUUAUUGGAGAAUCUUAAUUUCUUGAGUAAUGGAAAAACCUUAUCCCAAGCUGCUUAUUGCUCCAACUUACAAAGACUCCAAAAGGAGGUAAGGGAUGAGUUCAUUCCCCCUCAAAUCAAGGAAUCAGAAUAAAAGGGAAUCCUGAGACCUCUUUUAAUUGCAGGCAGACCUCAAACCAACCCAUGAACACCCUUAACUGUCAAAUCUUGCUUGUUCUUUUAUAAAACAUAUUCAAUGAAAAAGUAUUUAAUAGGAUAAAAUGUCAGAACAAUGUUAACAUUUACAUUUGAGAGCAAAGGUCAUUUUAUUUCAUCAAGAUACCUGACCAUGAAGCAUUAUUUUUCAUAUUUUCAUAUUUACCAUUAUGGCUUAGAAGUGUUUCUGAUUUUUUAAAAAACUUAUUUUACAGGUAUUACUUUUGUACUUAACAAAUAAUGCCAAAUGGAAAUUUAUUCUUUCUGGCAUUUCUGAAGAUAGCUAUGUUCCUUAUGCAUUAUCUCAGCACUUUUCUCCCCCAAAUGAUUAGCAAGCCAAACCAUCGGGACAGUCUCCAGUAUUAGAGUUCCCAUCCAGCCCUUCUCUUUGCUCUUUCCUUUCCUUGCUCUUACCACAAAAGGCAAACACUAAGGUCCAACCCGUCUCACAUAUCCGCAAAGCUGGGGUGUUGAGUGACAUUCUUAUCAGUUAAGACACAUGAAGAUCGCUGACACAGUCUCUCCUAACUGCAAUAUGGCUGACAGACAGGACAUACAAAGGUGGGUGAAGUAGUAACUAACUCGAUUAGUUCCUAAAUGAAUCCUGAAGCCUUGACCUCUUCUUGGCAUUAACACCCUUAACCAAAAUCCCCACAUCUGUGUACGACAGAUAUAGCCAGUAUGUUCUGAAUGGUAAAUAAUCACUUGUCUGAAGAAAAAGAAGCAAUCUUAUGUUCCAGUUCCCUCCCUUGACAGUUUGGCAUGCCACUGCUUCAAUAGUCAUAAUAUAACCCAAAUUUGCCUAACCCUAGACUAUCUUUCACGCCCACUACCAUCUCAGCAUUUUAUAUCCAAUACAUUAUCAACCAAGCAUAGACUAAUGGAAGCUCCUUCAAGCAAUAAGACUAUAUAAACCAAACAAAACCCAAGACACUGUGCCAAAGGAAUAAGAUACACUGGUGCAUGCCUGUAAUCCCAGCAUUUGAGAGACUGGGGCAGGAGGAUAAUGUGUUCAAGGUCAGCCUGGGCUACACAGCAAGAUCUGUCUAGUCUGAGCUGCCUAGUGAAACCAUUCUCCCAAAAAAAAAAAAAAAAAAGUUCUAAAUAAAUAAAUGAAGCUUCAAAGAACAUUGGUGGCUGACUGAGGCUUGUGCGUAAAUGAACUUCCUCUGCAUCUAAAACAAAUAUCUGCCUUUCUCAAGAAGCUAAGAGAGAAAGAUGCUGGAUGAAUGUGAAAUCAGUGGCAUUCUCUCCUCCCAAAAUAGCAUAUUCUCUGGAGCUCAGAGAAACUAAGUUAGGACAUCAAAAUUAUUUCAUGGUUGAAUUUUCCCUGAGCCUUCUUAAUAUGUAAGAAUGUAUUUCUUCGUUGCUAUCUGCCAACAGUUCAAAAAUAGGAAGGUCUGUGAGGUUUUUUUAGUUGAAGAUCUGGGAACUAGGAUUUAGAGGACUUUUGUUAGAAAUUUCCCUGCUGUCCCGCAUGGGAAGAGAAGGCAUCCCUCACCAAAGGAGCAGGAAUUCAAAGGCAUCAGAGAGAGUCCCGGCAUGGCCAGUGAGUAGAUCUUAACCCUGUUGUUGGACAUCUUAGGAGAGUACCGGGUGCAUCCUGGGAAGCAGGCACAAACGCCUUGUACACCUGAAGGUUCUGCAGAGAGAAGCCACCUGGUACCUGCUCCAACUGUCCCAGGGUUCAGGGAGUGUCAGAAGACACACUCACUUCUACAGUCCCAUCUGUUCCCUUUGAUCUCCACUUGUUACAAUUUUCUCCUCUCCUGGCUGUACCUUUCUGUUCAGUAGAGAAUGUUAACAGUCCUUUUACAUCUCAUGCUUCUAAACAAUGCCUGAUUUGAACUCUUUUUUUUUCCCCCUCUUUUCCUAUGCUGUCAAGCACUUUUUUAAAAAAAGGCAACAUUUACUAAGUUGAGUUUGACUUAUCCAAUAAUAGUUUCUAAGUGCUCUUCCUGGUGAGCCACUGAUCCUGAAUUGAGAAACGGCAAUCAUGCAGCUCACUACUUUUUGGCUAAAAGAAAAGGGCAUCUUUUUUAGAUGAUGUUUUAGUGAGUGUGACCCCCUGAGAGUCAGCUGGUAGAUCUCAACAUGUAUAUAGGCAUGGCAACACACAUCUACAAUCUAGCAUGUAUCGCCAAGAAAUCAGGAAUUUAAGCCCAGCUUUGCCUACAUAAUGAGUUCAAAGCCAGCCUGGGCAGCAUGAGACUCUCUCUGCAUCAAAAGAGUAAGUCAGAAGAAUCUCAGGCCAUCAAGAUGACUCAGCAGGUAAAAGUACUUUCCAUGCAAAACUGGGGUAACUAAAUUCAAUCCACAGAUCCUACAGUGGAAGGAAAGAGCUGACUCCCAAGAGUUGUCCUCUGUCCCCUACACCUCUAGACACUCGUGCGCGCGUGCACACACACACACACACACACACACACACACACACACACACACACACACAUACACACACACACCAUAAAUAAAAAUUAUCAAGAAUCCUCACCCUUUCUCCUUCCUAGACUUGCUAUGUGACCCUGGCCAUGCCCUUGAAUUUCUGUCCAUCCUUCUCCAGUGUUUGAAAUGGAGCUGCUUUACCUGCUUUGAAAGACAAUUAUGAGCAUGAUGAAUUCUUGACUGUACAACACUUUGAAGCCCAAAUAUAAAUUCCAAGGUCAAAGGAACCUCAUAAAAGACUGACUUGGCUUGUGGUUGUAAGCUGCAUCUAAAAAGUACUGUACAAACAAUGUAGCCAUGCACACACAUGGAAACUUAGGGGGCAUUGUUGAAUCACUGCUGAAUUAUAACUCAGAAAGACCUCUGGGCAGCUAGACUGUCAACAUAGGAAAGUAGAACACAGUGGAAACCUAGAGAAAUUGGAAAUUUUAUUGUAAAUCACUGAAUCCUCACCUGGGCAUGACUUGUGGCUCACAGUGUACACAUAGUCUCAGACAGCCAGUAAAUGUAACUGGAAUAUAAAUCAGCCACACACACACACACACACACACACACACACACACACACACACACACACUGCAGUCACCCUGCAUGGCAAUGUCAGAAACCCUAAAGAGUGUUUUUUUUUUUUUACCAUAGUAUUUUUUUCCCUAUCAUUUAGAAUGGUCUGUAUAACAAAAAAAUCACUGUCAAUAAAACAGAGAAAUUAUGUCCAAAAGUUGAGUAAAGACUGAAAGAAGGUAAUAAAGAUAAAAAUGGGCACACAUGUGUUCUCGUGCAUACCCAUUCACACGUUUCUGUUCCAGAUGGAAAUGUGCCGUAAGAACACGUCUGCUAAGAUAGUUUGCCCCAUUUCCCAGGCUCAGCUGACUCACUUGGGUGCUGGCUUCUGCAAUGGCUGUGAAGGUGUGGCGGUUGCUCCAGAGUAGGCCAAGAAAUUGUUCUCGAUGUUGCCGACUCUCAGUUUUGCUUUGCCGGGUUCUUCUCACUUUGGAAUUGAGCACGGGUGUCUGUGGAGAUUAGCGCUGAGGAAGGCCCGGGCUGAGCAUUCUUCUUGGGAGUCAAUCAGGACUCCAGCCCUGUGAAACAACACCGAAUUUCACUCUCUAAAAGCAACAGCAUGUAAACUAGAAUGAAAGAAGGAAAUUAUGUAUGUAUGCCUAUUAUUCUUUUGUGAAUGUCUUUCAUUUACCUAAAAUUAUAUUAGAAACCAGAUUGAUAAAUAAAAGAUUCAAAAUAGUUUUAA